AUGGCGCCCACCCAGGUGCACCACCAUCGGUCUACCACCAAGGUUUCCCACAAGCCUUUCAAGACCAAGCAUGCCUCCAAGAGCGCUUUGAAGGAGAAGGCAAAGGGCAAGGUCGAGAUCGAGCGGGGCAGUCGCAAAACCCCCCACCAACAGUUAAAGUCGAAACUCGACCGCCGCAACCAAGCCCGUCAGAGGCAGCAAUUGAAGCAUCAAGAGAAGGCUCAGGCUGCAAGUAUUUUCGCUGGCCAGAAUGGAGCCCCCCGUCACGUCGCCAUUGUUCCACUUUCCGCCGAUAUUGAUACCGAUGCCGCAAUCCGUGCGCUGAACGAAAGUGUCGAUAUUACUAGCGAGAUUACCGCGGAGGGACCUACCCGUGUGCGCGUCGAUCGAUUCCGCCAGAGCCUCCAAUACAUCAAGUCCAAAUUCGACCUUGUAAAUGCUAUGGAUGUCUGCCGCAUGGCUGACUUUGUGGUACUGGUCUUGUCUGCCGAAGUCGAGGUUGAGGAGGAAGGCGAGCUGCUGCUGCGUUCUAUCGAGAGCCAGGGUAUCUCCAACGUCGUGACUGUUGUCCAGGGUCUGGACCAGGUCAACCCCGUCAAAAGACGCCCCCAGGUGGCUUCUUCUCUGAAGUCUUUCAUCAACCACUUUUUCCCCACAGUGGAGAAGGUCAUGUCCCUCGAUUCCCGCCAGGAGUGCUCCAACGCCAUCCGAUCUCUUUGCACUGCCACCCCUAAGGGUGUCCGCUGGCGUGAUGAGCGUAGCUGGAUGUUCAUUGAGGACGUCCAGUGGCCCAAUGCCAGCGAGGAGGUCGUGGAUGAUGUCGUUAUUACUGGUGUUGUCCGUGGAAAGGGCCUGAAGGCCGACCGCAUCGCUCAUAUCCCUGGCUGGGGUGACUUCCAGAUCGACUCCAUCACUGCAGCUCCUUUGGCAGCGACCAAGAGCAAGCGUGAUGAUGCUAUGAAUGUCGAUGCCACUGACGGUACACAGAUCCUGGAAACCCCUACUGCCGACCAGGAUGAUAUGGCAAUUGUGGCCCCCGAGGAAAUCGAGAUGAUGGACGACGAUAUGGUUUCCGUGGCCGAGACUGAAAAGAAGGGUGUUUUGCUCGAUGACCACCACUACUUCUCUGACGACGAUUCACACAUUCCCUCCAAGCCCAAGCGAUUGCCGAAGGGUACCUCCGAGUAUCAGUCUGCUUGGUACCUUGAGGAUGUUUCAGAUUCUGGAUCUGACAUUGUUGAUGAGGAUGAUGAUGAGGAUAUGGAAAUGGAUGUCUCUGGUGCUCCCGAGGACGGUUUCUUUGCAGACAAGGAAGAUGCCAUGACAGAGGGCGGCCCCUCAGAGUAUCCUCAGUCCGAGAUGUUCAUGGAUCCAUCCCCAGAGGAUGAGGCCCAAGAGCUGGCGGAGUACCGCAAGAGCCGCCGUUCCGAGGCCGAGGAUGACCUUGAGUUCCCCGACGAAAUUGAACUGCACCCCAAUGUGCUUGCCCGAGAGCGCUUGGCCCGCUUCCGAGGCUUGAAGAACAUGAAGAUCAGUCCGUGGGAGACGUCCGAAGAUCGUCCAUACGAGCCUGAAGAUUGGCGCCGACUCCUACAGUUCGGCGACUACAAGGGUACCAAGAACCGCAUCAUCCGCGAAGCCCUCGUUGGCGGUGUCAACCCCGGCGUGCGUGUGGAGGUGCAUCUUCGUGCUGUUCCCUCCCUGCUCCGUCACAAGGCUCAGCCUCUCGCUCUGUUCUCUCUCUUGCGCCACGAGCACAAGCACACCGUGGUCAACGUCAACAUGACCUUGAGCUCCAGCAUUGAGAAGCCUGUCAAGUCCAAGGAAGAGAUUAUCGUGCAGAUUGGUGCCCGCCGCAUGGUUGUUAACCCCAUCUUCUCUGCCGGCGACAACACCCCCAACAACGUUCACAAGUUCGACCGUUUCCUUCACCCCGGCCGCAGCGCGGUCGCUACCUGGAUUGGACCCAUGACCUGGGGUGCCGUCCCGGUUCUCGUCUUCAGGAAGAAGCAAGUGGAGGAGGACCCAGAGGAACUCGACUCAGCCGAUGCCCAACCGGAGGCGCUGUCUAUGGAUGGUCUGGAGCUUAUUGGUACCGGCACGGUCAUCGCUCCCGACCCGAACCGUGUUAUCGCCAAGCGCGCAAUUCUCACUGGACACCCGUACAAGAUUCACAAGAAGGUCGUCACCGUUCGGUACAUGUUCUUCAACUCGGAGGACAUCCAGUGGUUCAAGGCACUUCAGCUCUGGACCCGCCGCGGUCGCAGUGGAUACAUCAAGGAGAGCCUGGGUACACACGGUUACUUCAAGGCUACUUUCGAUGCCAAGAUCAACCCUCAGGACUCUAUUGGCAUCAGUCUGUACAAGCGUGUCUUCCCUCGUCGCGCAAAGGCCCUGGAACGGAUUUUCUAA